UCAGUCUUUCAGUCCAGGAGGCGACGGAAGGAGGUUGCUGUUGCUCCUGCCGUCUCUUAUCCCUCAUUCGGAGGUUGGGCAAUCGCUUAGCCGGCCGGCGGUCAACCCGUUUCAGUCCAGCAGGCGAGGCAACUCCCGAUUCAGAUGCUUUUCGGAUAAGAGGAAGUCCCCCCUCCAAUCUCAAGGCAAUUCCCGGUGUCGUUGUUAUGUCGGAGGGAGAAUGUCCUUCCCCCAUUACCCGCUCAGAAGCCUAUGGUUCCUUCACCGUUUGGGCUGGCGAUCCAGAUGGAAACAAACUGCGUCUGGACUCCUUUGGUGAGAGCAGCCAACGAGGGAACGGGGCAUUUGUGGAAGACGAGGUGAUCAGGCAGGUUUUUCGGGGAGCCAUCGGGGAGUCUGGCCGUCCGUACAGAUACAUCCCAAUGUCCUUCUACCGUUUGGCUGGCGGUCCAGAUGGAAACGAACUGCGUCUGGACUCCUUUGGUGAGAGCAGCCAACGAGGGAACGGGGCAUUUGUGGAAGACGAGGUGCGCCGGAAGGGCGAGGUGAUCAGGCAGGAUUCUCGGGGAGCCAUCGGGGAGUCUGGCCGUCCGUACAGAUACGACGUGUUCCUGAGCUUCCGUGGCGAGGACACGCGCAACGGCUUCACCGGCCACCUCCACGCGGCGCUCGACCAGCGAGGAAUCGACGCGUUCCUGGAUGAGGAGGAUCUCUGGCAGGGCGAGGAGAUCGCGCCGGCAAUCCUCGGAGCCAUCGGGGAGUCGAGGAUCUCGAUCGUCGUGUUCUCGGAGAACUACGCGUCCUCUAGCUGGUGCUUGGACGAACUGGUGAGAAUCGUCGAGUGCAGGGAUAAGAUGGGGCAGAUGGUGUGCCCGGUGUUCUACAAGGUGGAUCCCUCGGAUGUGAGGAAGCACAGGGGGAGGUACGGGCAAGCCCUAAUCGAUCACGAGGAGAGAUUGAAGUCGAAUAGCAGCGAUCCGGAGAAGGUGAAGAGGUGGAGAGAAGCACUGACUGCAGCAGCUAACAUCUCCGGCUGGCAUUUGGUUGACGAGCGUGAGUCUUAUGUCAUUAAGAACAUUGUCAAGAGAGUAUGCGCUCAGCUGAAGAAUCGCAAGAAGUUAUCUGUGCCUGAAAACGUGGUUGCCAUGGACUCACAUGUGCACCGUAUGCGUACUUUGCUUGACAUGGAAUCGAAUGAGGUUCGCAUGGUUGGAAUUUACGGAUCUGGAGGAAUAGGGAAGACAACUAUUGCCAGAGCUACUUACAAUGCCUUUGAGCACAAAUUUGAGUAUUGCUGCUUUCUUUCCAACGUUAGAGAAACUUGCGAACAAAACGCACACAGUGGCCUACUUCAGCUUCAAGAGGCACUUAUUCAUGAGGAAAGGUGGGAUGAUUGUCUGAAGCUUCACAAUGUCGACGAAGGUAUGAGCAUGACAAAGAGUAGACUUUGCAAAAAAAAGGUCCUCAUCGUCCUUGAUGAUGUGAACCAACCGAUCCAAUUGGAAACACUAGUUGGAAGACAUGAUUGGUUUGGUUGUGGAAGUAGAAUCAUCAUAACGACUAGAGAUGAACGUUUACUGGCUGCUCAUGGCAUAAAAAGUAUGUACAAGGUUCAACCAUUAGAUCGUUUAACGGCUCGUACGCUUUUUAGGACAAUUGUUUUCUCGAAUUCUUCUUCAUGUCCAGAUCAUGAAGAGCUUUCGUAUGACAUAGUGGAAUACACCAAAGGACUUCCAUUAGCAGUUAAAGUUUUGGGUUCUUUUCUUCGAGGUAAAAAAUUACCUGUAUGGAAAAGCACAUUAGAUAAAUUGAAGGAAGUUUUCAAUGGAGACAUCUUCAGUGUGCUGAGAAUGAGCUUUGAUGGUCUAGAUGAUUAUGAGAAGGAUAUUUUUCUUGACAUUGCAUGUUUCUUCAAGGGAGAGAGUGAAAGUUAUGUGAGAGAUAUUUUGGAGAGCUGUGAUCUCUACCCAGAUGCUGGAAUUAAUGUUCUAUUAGAGAAGUCACUCGUCACUAUUGAGUGUGGCAAGCUGGAGAUGCAUGAUAUGAUUCAAGAAAUGGGAAGAGAAAUCGUGCGGAGGGAAUCUCCCAAAGAACCAGGGGAGCGCAGCAGAUUGUGGUCCUAUAAGGAUGUGCUUCAUGUUCUAACAGAAGGCACGGGAACGAACAAAGUAGAAGCAAUAAUGAUCAAGUUGGCUACUCCUGAAGAAGUACGCAUUAGUGCUCAAGCUUUCACAAAUAUGAGAAGGCUCAGAAUUUUCUUAGCUCGCAAUGUGUACUAUACCGGCAAUCCCGUAUACUUUCCCACUAACUUGAGAUGGCUGGAAUGGCCUGAUUAUUAUCCAACAUCGGCGCCAUUCAAUACAGACCACAGGAAACUUGUAGGUCUAGACCUAAGCAAAAGCAGCAUGUGCAUAUUGGGGAAGACAUUCAAGCUUUGUAGAAAUUUGAAGUCUGUUAAUUUUAGCCACUGUGCUUUGCUGACUGAAAUUCCUGAUGUAUCAUCACUGCCAAGUCUUGAGCGUUUGGAUCUAGGAGAGUGCACCAAUCUUGUUGAGGUUCAUCAGUCUCUUGGGCAUCUUGACAAGCUCGUAUAUUUGAACUUUUUGAACUGCUGCAAUCUGAGCCGUUUCCCAAGAAAUCUGAAGUUAAGAUCACUUCAAAAUCUAAUUCUUAGAGGUUGCUCAAAGCUUUCAAGGUUUCCAGAUAUUCUUGUACAAAUGAAACAUUUGACAGAACUAGCGCUUCAUGGGACUGCCAUCAGAGAGCUACCCUCUUCUAUCACAAAUCUUGUUGAACUGAAAGGGUUGUAUCUAGAAGACUGCAUGGACCUUAAAAAUCUUCCUUGUAGCAUCUAUACACUGCAACACCUUGAGCGAAUUUUGGCGGAUGGUUGCUCACAACUUAGCAAGCUCCCAGAAUGUUUGUGUGAAUCAAGUGAUUGCACCAAUUUCUCUCUCCCGUUAGCCCUUCCGAGCGUUAUUAACUUGAAUGUGCAAAGAUGCAGCUUAUCAGAGCUUGGUUUCUUGAAAAAUCUUCAUUGCAUGUCCUCGUUGACAAUUUUAGAUUUGUCGGAGAACAAAUUUGUGAGCCUUCCUACCUGCAUCAGUCAAUUUACAAAGUUGCAGCAGCUUUUUUUGAUGCAUUGCAAGCAGCUGCAAGAGAUUCUAGCUCUCCCGCCAAACAUAACAUCUUUACAUGCAAAAGGUUGUGAAUUGCUGGAAACAUGUGCAGACUUGUCAAACGUGUUACCAUAUAAUUCAGAUGAAUCACCUUGGCUUAGAAGAAUUGAUUUCUCUAGCUGUCAUAAGCUGAUUCAGAAUCAAUGCUCAAGCAAUUGCAAAAUGCUGUCAAUUGAGGGAUUGCUUGGAGAGACUCGAGUUGACGUUUUUCAUCCAGGAAGUAAGAUCCCAACGUGGUUUGUCCAUCAAAGCAUCAAAGGACUCAUAAAGUUUCAUGUAUCUUCAGAUUUAUACUGUGACAUAGCCGGCUUGGCGUUUUGUGCUAUUAUUGGUUCAACCAAUCGGAAGGAAGCCAAUAUCUCAUGUGAGAUGCAGUUGUUUGUCAACAAGGAGGAAACUUAUGGUUGUGUAGAUUGUUUUUCCUCGUUGGAGUUAGACCACGUAUGGGUUCUAUACGUUCCACGGCGAAUGAUGUGGGGAUUGGAUGCGAAAUUGGUGAAUCGCCGCAGUCAAUUUGCAGUACUGUUUCAAGCGUCGGAGGGGACUCUAAGAAGUUGCGGGGUGCAUCUGGUUUACAAACAAGGUAAGCAACCAAAUGACAUGAAGAUUGACGAAAGCAUCGAUCCUCAGAAUUCUAACGCGAACCUCACAAGUUCCUAUGUUGAAACCCGCAAAAUGAAGGAAAGAUUUUCAGACUCCUAAUCAACAAAACUAUGAUUCGAGCUUAGCUUCUUGUAAUUUAGUGUGGGGAGUUAUAUGUAUCCUCAUAGCAAAAAUAAACUAGCUGCUGUGCUUUUCUUUACCCUCAUUGAUCAUCUUCCAUCUUUCCCUCA